GUUUGUGUGUCUUUUUGCCAAUUUUCCAGAUGAUUUCACACACGGGACGUGUGGAUUGGAUGGAAUGGCUGUAUAAAUGGAUGGCGACGGUGAUCUGGGUGCAUUUAGUGUUUGGUGCGCUGUGUGAUCGUGUUUGCAUAGGAUGAUUGUAAAGUGGAUGAAGAUUGUGGGGCUGCAGGUGUUGCUGGUGAGCCUCGGUGCAUUGGGGCAGCAGCAUAGAGACUAUGAGAGGGAUUUUGAGGUGUUCCAAGCAGGUGGUGGAGCUGGUCGUUCUCAAUCAAUCUACACGAUCUACGAUGAGGAAGAUCAGAAGCGUGCACAUGGCUUUGAGAGCCCUCUGGAAAGCUUUGGAUCUGAAUCGAAAAUCACAUAUCUUCCCCUUUAUUUGUCACCUGAUCGCGUGGUGCGACAGUACCGUAGUGCAACGGAAAAAUAUGGGAAGAAUGAUCGUGAAGGGAGUCUCAGGAGCUACGAUGAGUUCUUCGAUAGGAAUUUUGGACGGGAUUACAACAAAUACACCGCUGCGGCUCCGUUGAAAUCAAGUGAAGAGAAUGAAGAGACUGAACAUGAGACGGAAGCACCCAGGGCAGGACCCAGGAAGCCCAGAAAGGGUUCCCGGAAGGCCAACUACAAAGUACAGAGUCACGAUGAUGCCGAAGAAUUGGGUAGUCCGUAUGAUUACAACUACGGUGGAUCAUCGUACAAUCCCUCGGAUGAGUAUCAACGGAUUAAAUCCCUUUCGGAACAACAAGCUAAGGAGAUCCAGCAGAAUCCAUCACACUGCAAAGUUGUGCAGAAGGAAGAGAUGGAAUGUCAUGUUUGUCACGAUCCCAAAUCUGGGGCUAAGUCCGAAUCGUGCUCGUAUGCCUCAAAGCCAGCUGCCAAGAAGUAUGCAUUUGUCAAGGAGAGAAAGUACAACAGCAAGGAUGAUGAGGAUGAAGAUGAGGCGGAGGAGGAGCCAGCCCCAAAGCAGAAGAAGAGUGAAAGCUUGAGGGCUGCCCGACGACGUCCAGCAAAGGCAUCAAAGACAAUCCCAGCUGAGGCAACACAUGCAGCCCUAGUGGCAGCUCCUGCACGUCGAAGGAGCCCUUCCAGGGGUGGUGGAAAAAAGUCCAAUGAGAAUCGUCCACAGAGGGAUGUUGUAGGACUCGAUCCGUACCUCUAUGGUGGUGAAGAUGAUGAGGAAGAAGAAGAGGAUGAGGAAGAAGAGAGACCACAGAAGAAGCAACAGCAGGAACCAACAUUUGGAAAGCUAAAAUCAUACGAAGAUUACUUCAGUCAUGUCUUCCCGGAGCAACAUGGGAAGAAGUCCAAGGAGGCACUAAAGAGUGAGUCAGAGUAUGAAUUCCUCCCGGAUUAUGAGCACAAGAAGAAUGUGGAGGAAGUUCUGGCGGAAUUUAAGACACGCGAUUGGUCAAAGUGCAAGAAGAGCAAGAAGGGUGAUCUCACGUGCUAUGAGUGCAAAGAUCCCAAUGGGGUGCUCCAUGAGGAAUGUAUGUAUGUAUCUGAAUCCAAUCCACGCAGUAGUCGUGUGACCUACGAGGAGAAUAAGAAGUACGCGGAGCCUGAGGGUCAGGAGAAGCCCGCACAAGAGGAGGAUUAUGACGACGAGGAGGAUUCAUCGGCAAGUGAGGUGGUCACAGAGAGAGCGGCAAAGCUGAGGCAGCGCAAGAAGGCCGUGGAUGCAGCUCCCAAGCCCGAGGAGAGUUUGGAUCAGAAAUUACCCAAGAAGCGCACCAUCAAGCGCAAGGUGACCUACCGCAAGAACUCCGACCCAGAGAGACUGGACAAGGAUGAAUCUCGUGUUGUGUACUACGAGCAAAAGUUCACCCACACGGAAAAUUGAGCUCACAUUGCGCCACAACCCCUUCCAAGUGUGUACACCCGAGUUGGGCAAUAAGCUGCUGCUAUAAUACCUAAAAUAAUUAUUCCGGACGAGGUGUCGCAAUGUUCUCGCUUCGCAAAAGAAACACCAUCCAAUUGAUUUUUCUCAACAUGCCCGGAAAGCUCUUGGACGGGGUCCGUUUGUGAUAUAAAUUAGUUUUUUUUCUUCUCUUUUUUUUGUACGUUUAACCGUAGAAAUUCUCCUUAUAAAACAAACUUUAAGUGAAAUUUGUGUACAAACGAUGAAAUAAAAA